AUGAGUUAAAGAAAAACAGGCAAAGGCAAGGGUAAGACCUACGAAGAUGUAGCUGCAUAAAAAUUUAGAAAUUCUACGAUCCCCGCAGCAGUAGAAGAAAAUGAAUAUCCGGGAGCUAUUAAAAAGAAUACUUAUAUCAUGGCCAAAAUGAGAAAUAGUGAAGAAUAUCACAUUGCUAAGAUUAUUGAAGUUAGAAUUGCACUAGGAAGCGCUAAUUAGCCAGCUGAGUUAUUAAUUGCAGGAGGAGGAAUAGAAUUAGAAGGGGAAGAUGUUAAAAUGAAUGAAAAUGGCCAAAUAAUUGAGCAAAUUAAACCUAAAAGAGUCUUGCAGCCAAACCAAAAAUUUGAAUACUAUGUAAACUAUCUAGGCCACUAGCGAAGAAAUGAUAGAUAUAUAACAGAAGAUGAAUUGAGAAUAAAUGAGGAUGAAUUAGAUAUUGAACUUUCAAAGUACGAAGAAAAAGUCAGGUUGUUAAAAGAAAACGCUGAUUUCUUGUACAAUGAUGAGCAUCAUGGGUUAAAUGAAAAGCAAAUUCAUGAGUUCGAGGAAUCAACUAAGGUAAAGUCAGUUGAGUAUAUAGAAAUUGGAUAGCAUAGAGUAGAAGCCUGGUAUUUUGCUCCCUUUCCUAAGGAGUUUCACUGCAGGACUCUGUACAUUUGCGAAUUUUGUUUAUUCUUCUUCGUUCACAAAAAUGAACUAAUUAGACACUCAGAGAGAUGCGAAGUAAGAUGUCCGCCUGGUGAUGAAAUUUAUAGAGAUGAAUCUGUCUCUAUGUUUGAAAUAGAUGGGAAAAAUUAGUAGGCAUAUUGCGAAAAUAUAUGCCUUAUAGCAAAGUUAUUCUUGGAUCAUAAGACACUAUAUUAUGAUAUUGAUCCUUUCCAUUUUUAUGUCUUAUGCGAGCAUGAUGCUAUGGGAUAUCACAUGGUAGGAUAUUUUUCAAAAGAAAAAGUGAGUGUUGAAAACAAUCUUUCUUGUAUUCUGGUUAUGCCAUUUUGCCAACGUAAAGGCUAUGGUAAAUUUUUGAUUGAAUUUUCCUAUGAGCUAUCAAAGAAAGAACAAAAGGUCGGAUCCCCUGAAAGACCUUUAUCUGAUCUUGGGCAUCGAACUUAUGUUAGUUGGUGGGCAUAAAAGCUUCUAAACAUUCUCUUGGAAAACGAUAGAUCCUUGUCUAUUCAAGAUUUGUCUAAUAUGACAUCCAUUACUCCUACAGAUAUUAUGUACGUAUUGGAAAACUUCAAAAUUUUGAGAUAUCAUUAAGGUAACUAUAUUUUGUUUACUGACAGAGAAUUCUUGCUUCAAAUACUAAAGAAUCAAGGUCAUCCUGGAAGACCAGUAAUCUCACAUAAUAUACAUUGGGUGCCUCAUGGGUAAAGAUAAGAUAAAUUUGCUUGA